AGAUUCACAGAAAUCGAUCUUUUCAAGUCAAAUUUUGCAGCUGAGUGUCGUCUCCGGCGGAGGAGAUGAAGAGUGUGUUGCGGAUUGCGGCGGAGAUAUCAUGGCUUUGGAUGUGUAUGGUGGUAGGUGUGAUUGGGAGCGAUGGAAUCGGGAAUGUGAGAGAUACAGACGAUGAGAUCUCGUUACUCGAAAGUCAAUUGGUGGUGACAUCUCCGUCGCAGCUUCUUAUGGUGCCUCUCACUUUAAUUCAGGCUGCUGCCUCCAAAGGAGCUGUGUGCCUAGAUGGAACACUACCUGGUUAUCAUCUACACCCUGGUUCUGGAUCAGGAGCUAACCGGUGGCUGAUCCAACUCGAGGGUGGAGGAUGGUGCAACACACGUAGGAGCUGUAUCUUCCGGAAAACCACUCGCCGUGGUUCAUCAAAUCAUAUGGAGAAAGUUUUGGCCUUCACUGGAAUAUUGAGCAAUAAAGCUAAUGAGAAUCCUGACUUCUUCAACUGGAACAGAGUCAAACUGCGUUACUGCGAUGGUGCCUCUUUCACAGGCGAUAGUCAGGAUCAGAGCUCACAACUUUACUAUAGAGGACAACGAAUUUGGCAAGCAGCUAUGGAAGAACUACUGUCUAAAGGCAUGCAAAAAGCAGAGCAGGCUCUACUUUCUGGAUGUUCAGCUGGGGGAUUAGCUUCCAUUCUACACUGCGAUCAGUUCAAAGAACUAUUACCGGGUACUACGAAAGUGAAAUGCUUAAGUGAUGCUGGAAUGUUUAUGGAUGCAGUGGAUGUCUCUGGAGGCCACUCUCUCCGGAAGAUGUUUCAAGGUGUUGUUACAACACAGAACCUCCAAAAGGAACUCUCCACUGCUUGUACAAAGCAUUUGGAUCCAACUUCGUGCUUCUUUCCCCAGAACUUGGUUUCAGGCAUUAAGACUCCAAUGUUUCUUCUCAAUGCAGCAUAUGACGCUUGGCAGGUACAAGAGAGUUUAGCUCCACCAUCUGUUGACCUAAGCGGCUCUUGGAAGGCAUGCAAAUCUGAUCACUCGCAUUGUAAUUCGUCUCAGAUCCAAUUCUUCCAAGACUUCAGGACACAAAUGGUGGAUGCUGUAAAAUCUUUCGCGACAUCGACCCAUAACGGUGUGUUCAUAAACUCAUGCUUCGCGCACUGCCAAUCCGAAAGACAGGACACUUGGUAUGCACCAGAUUCUCCUACACUUCAUGGCAAGACCGUUGCUGAAUCUGUUGGUGAUUGGUACUUUGACCGAACAACAGUCAAAGCCAUUGACUGUCCUUACCCUUGUGACAAAACAUGUCACAAUCUUAUCUUCAAGUGAGUUGACAUCUUCAAACUCAAACAACUUACUUGAUUCUUACAAACUAUACCAUACCAUUAGUAACAAUUUCUGAAAAACCACAAAUCGAAAUCUCUAAAGCCAUUUCAUAGUUUGUGCUAUUCUCUUUGUUUUCGACAAAAGUAAUUAGUUAUUUAUUUCGUGUUUAUUCUCUAUCUUUGAUAUUCUUUAUUUGCAUACAAUUUUAAGAUAUCUUUGAUUGAAUCAACGAAUCUUGUUAGU